AUGACGGAUCUUGCUCGUACUCUGCCAGCAUCCUGGUACCGCAGUCCUCCGCUCUAUCAACUGGAGCGCAGAGCUGUCUUCUUGAAGUCCUGGUAUCUGCUUGGACCGGUAACUCGAUUCCAAACUGUCGGAGAACAGGUCGAGUACGAAGUAGCUCAGCAGCCAAUAUUGGCCUCUCGCAUCUCGGGCGAUGCUCUUUUCCCCGAAGCAGAUGAGAUUCAGGUCGUUUGCGCGAAAACCGUAAGUGUUCUUUGA